UGGAUGAACAGACGGUUGGAUGGAUGGAUGAUUAGACAGAUGAACAGAUAAAUGGAUGACAGAUUGAUGAUUGGAUGAACAGAUGGAUGGAUGAAAACGGCUCAUACGAUCGUCAUAAGAGCUGGAACAAGUUUUCUUCCUCCUGUCGUUUCGUCCAGUUCUCAUCUUGCUGUAAAGUCACCGAUCGGAUCAGAACCAGCUGAACCAGUCACUGAGACCCAGUGAGCGCCAUGAACCAACUGGACUUUCAGCAACUGUUUGGCUCUUUAUCACAGCAGCAGGUGAACAUGUUCACAGCUGUUUUCCGUCUCUUUAAGCGUUUCUAAAUAACUCCAGAGACGGUCCAGCAUGUUGAGACGGUGGCUGCUGGCGCUGAUGGCCCGGAUCAGCCUCAUCAUGUCGGCCUGCUGCUGCUUUCUGCUGCUCUUCUACCUGCUGGGCUGUAAACCUUCAUCUCACAGCAAACACCCGUCUCUGCUGUGGCCUGGAGGGGCCACGAGUAAGGAGGGCUACUUGGCCCUGCUGCAGGAGAGAGAGGACUCUCACAGACACUACAUCAGCAGUCUGACGAAGCAGAUAGCGGAGCUGAAGGUAGCUCUGGAGGAGAGGACGCAGCAGCUUCAGGAGUCCCUGGAGAAGGCGAAAAGUAAAGGGAUUCUGCCUCAAGGUCUGGAGAGUCUGCACAAUACCCGUACAAAGUCUGACCUGAAGGAGUUCUUCCGCUCCCAGCUGAACCAGGCGGAGGUGAGCUCAGGUGUGGAGCUGCCCAACGAAUAUGCACUGAUCCCUUUUGAUACCUUCACCCUGCAGACUGUUUACCAGCUGGAAACGGGGCUGACGAAGCAUCCGGCCGAGAGACCCGCGAGGAGAGACCGCAGAGACGAGCUGAUCGCCACGGUGGAGACGGCUCUGCACGUCCUGAACGGACCCCAGCAGCAAGCAGACGACACCAGGAGGAAACGCAUCUACUCCCCUUCGGACUUCAUACAGGGUUUGAGUCGCACAGAGCGGACCAGAGGGACCGUCUAUGAGCUGAUGUUCAAAGGCGACGGCCCACAGAACUUCGCUCAGCUCGUCCUCUUCCGGCCGUUUGGGCCUUUGAUGAAGGUGAAGAGUGACGGUGUGAACACACACAGCAUCAUCAUCAACAUCAUCGUGCCGCUGUCCGGGAGAGUGGACGCCUUCAAGCAAUUCAUGAGCAACUUCAGGGAUGUUUGCAUCCAGCAGGACGGCCGGGUUCACCUCACUGUGGUCUACUUUGGUCGAAAUCAGAUCGACCAGGUGAAGGCUGUGCUGGAUCAGAUCACCAGGGAGACUCGGUUCAGGAGUUUCACCCUGAUCCAGAUGAAUGAGGAGUUUUCUCGCGGCCGAGGCCUCGACGUCGGCGCCAGGGCCUGGAGACAGCGGCGGAACGUCCUGCUCUUCUUCUGUGACGUCGACAUCCACUUCACACCAGACUCCUUGACUUCCUGCCGCUUGAACGCAGAAGCUGGUAAAAAAGUGUACUACCCUGUGCUCUUCAGCCAGUACAACCCAUCCAUCAUCUACAGCAAUCACACACACAUGCCCUCCAUAAAACAACAACUGGUGAUAAAAAAUGAAAAUGGAUUCUGGCGGGACUUUGGAUUUGGCAUGACAUGCCAGUACCGAUCAGAUUUUAUCAACGUUGGUGGCUUUGACCGCAGCAUCAGAGGCUGGGGGCUGGAAGACGUCCACCUGUACAGGAAGUACCUCCACAGCAAGCUGAUGGUGGUUCGAGCUCCGUCCAGAGGCCUCUUCCACCUGUGGCACGAGAAGAGCUGUGCAGAUGAGCUUCCUCCAGACAAAUACAAGAUGUGCAUGCAAACCAAAGCCAUGAGUGAGGCCUCUCACGGCCAGCUGGGGGCGCUCUUCUUCAAACAGGAGAUAGAGCUCCACCUAAACUCCCACAAACAGAGCAAAGAGAUCUGAUGUGGACGUCCACACAGCACAAAGUUCCACGCUUUUAUUUUGGUAACAUUCUGCAUGGCGUAUCUAUAGCAACAGAACAACAGAGCUACCGGAGAAGCUUAACUGCAAAGAAAGAAAAAGGUUAAUGGCAAGAAAAACGCAUAAAAGACAACUUAAAUUUAAGCUUCUGUCAGUAAGGGAACAAGGUAACGGCGAUUGAAGUUUAAGUUUUUUUUAUUUUGUGACUGCUUAAUUAAUGAUUCAUGAAAAGAAUUGUAUCAAUGUAACAAGCUAUGCUUCACUAAUGGUAAAAAAAAAACAAACUAUUGUGAUUUUUAUCUCUCUUACAGGGGUUGAUGACAAGGAUGGUUUAAAUAAAUAAUAAUUUUACCGUCA